UUUAAGUGUUGUGAAAUGGCGCUGAAAAGUUUUAUUUUGUUGUCUAUGCUCUUGGCCUUCGCGGUCGCACAAAACAGAUAUCGAGUAUGUGUAUCGUCAACGAGCCAGUGCCAAGCUUUGGAGCUGGGGGACUCUCAAGCCAUCUGCACCCCGGUUGAAUCCAGAGUGGACUGCGCGUUGCAGCUAGCGCGCGGCACAGCUGACGUGGGCUUCUUCAGCGAUGAGGAGCUCCUGGUCCUUGCGCAGACGCAGCCCAGCGACCAUCGCGUCAUUGCCACCGUCAGGGACGUCACUAAACCAGGUGCCGUGUCCUUCCAGGCAGUGGCGGUGGUCCGCAACACACACACUAAUGGACUAGAUGGACUGCGUGGCAGCAAGUACUGCCACCCUGGCUUAGGCGAGGCUGCGCUGCGCUGGUCGCCGCGCGUUGAGAAAGAACUUGAGACCAGGGCCGCCAACACGGACCGCUGCCCAGACGCAGACUACAAGUUCAAGACAGCCGAGGAGAUGGAGGUGGCCGCUCUGAGCCACUUCUUCGGAGACUCCUGCCGCCCUGGAGCCUGGAGCGCUAACGCUACCGUUGACGCCGAACUCAAGCGUCGGUUCCCCUCCCUCUGCGCGCUGUGCGGCCCGAACUCCUCAUGCGACUACACCAUCGACAUGGGCGUCACUGUUGCUGGAAUCAACAACAACAACGCUCACGUCAAGGCCCUGGAGUGUCUCAGGACUAGCGGUGAUGUCGCUUACGUGGCGUGGCAGCAUGUUCGCGAGUUCUUCACGGUUCGCAACAACGACAUCACUGGUAACUUCUCCCUCCUCUGCCCCAACGGCACACUGUUAGCCCUCAACACCACAAACCUUGCAAAUACCAGCGCGCCAUGUGCUUUCGUCUCGCAACACUGGAGCGCCAUCGUUGCUACUUCUGCCCGAGCCAACGAGAUCCAGACCAACCUCCGCACCUGGUGGCCCACAGGCAGCAACCCCUCGGACAACUCCUGGCGCUCCACGCUCUACUCAGUUCUGGUGCCGCAGUCCUCAACCGCGCAUGUCACCAUGGAGGAUACUCUGCUGUCACCCGCCAACUUUACUCAGACUAGCCGCCCGCUAACAAGCAUCGACAGCGCAACAACCUGCGUGCCUCCUCGCGUGUGGUGCACCGUCACAGCUCAGGAGCUAGCCAAGUGCAACUGGGUGCGAGCUGCCGCUUACAGCCUGGGAAUCAAGCCAUCAAUCUCAUGCGUGCAACGUUCUGACACCUUCCAAUGCCUGCGAGAUGUGCGAGACCGCAACGUUGACUUUAUAGCCACUGCCUCCAACUACGGAUACCUGGCUAGACAACACUUCAGCCUGACACCAGUGAAGCUCGUUCAGAACCUGCACUCCGAUCCAAAUUCCUUCUCUCGAGUAGUAGCUUUAGUGAGAAACAACUCGGACAUCACCCGCUUCGAGAACCUUCGCGGCAGGAAGGCCUGCUUCCCUGAAUAUGGAGGAAUCUCCUACGUGGCGUUCGUGCGAACUGCGCAAGUGCUUGGCGUGCUGGACGACAAAGAAUGCGACUACGCCAAGGCUGUGGGGGAAUUCUUCGAGGGCGCCUGCGCUCCCGGCGCCCAGGACGCCUCGCACGCCCUCGGCCAGUCGAACUACAACGUCACAAAUCUCUGCACUCUUUGCAAGGCUCCUAACGCCGCUAGCAACUUUACAUGCGGUUGGGACCACUCUAACAACCUGUACUUCGGCAACAACGGCUCCUUGUCUUGCUUGGCUAAUAACGACGCGGACGUGAUCUUCGUGGAUACCACCAAUAUUACUGAUUACCUGGCCGCCCUGAACCUGCAAGGGUCCCAGUUCCGCGCGAUCUGCAGUAACAAUACCUUGGCCCUCCAGAACGGAGUCAAUGUGGAUGAGAAUUGCUUGCUGGCUUAUGUGGUGGACUCCGAGGUGUUGACUAGAAGGGCUACUCUUAAACGCCCUGCGCGGCCGGUGAAGCCCACAAACCACACACAUAUCACGCACCCACCGCCACUGAGGCCGGUCUAUGUACAAGACGAAGCCUACAACAGUAUCAGCGCUCUCCUUGACACCCUUGAAAAGUACUUCGGCUACGCCGCCUCAUCAGGCACCCAGCAUGUCAACAUGGAGAUCUUCUCCAGCUUCGAUGGCACCCGCGACUUGCUCUUCAAGAACACCGCCGUUGGCUUCUCAGAACCCACCAGAGCUACGACUAACCAGCCUGCUAAGAACUACAUUGAGCUGUUCAGCCAUUUGCAAGCCUGUACUGGUGCUGGCAACAACAUUCCGGUCCCUGGAUUGGCUAACAGGAGCUUCUAUUCCAUUCUGACUCUGGUUUUGUCUGCGCUGCUUACGCGUUUCAUUGUUUAUUAAGCUGUCAGGUCCGUUAGUCUAUAAGGGGUUAUUGCAACUAUUUUCGUCGGCCCUCUGAUGAGAGGGACAGAGAUUAUGUUGUUUCCCUGUCCCUCUUAGCAGCAUGAUAGAAGAAAGUGUCCGACGAAAGGAUAGGUAAUAAUCCCAAUAAUAGUCUAUUAGCUUUUUAUGCAAAAAGCAUCAAGUAUUCUGCAGACUAUCCAGGUCUUUGGCAUUAUUCCAUAUUUCAACUGCAGUCUGCACUACAGUAGGUACUUACAAUUGCACAAACCAAAUUUCCAGAUUAUAAUUAAUCAGAAUUUCUGUACGAUGCCAGAAAUCGAAGAUUUCUUGUUUGUAUGGGACAUUGAUGGUAUAUAGAACAUCGGCAAUAUGGAUAUAGACUAACGUAAUCCAUCGGACGUUUGCCGAGUCAAGAGUAGUGGUACUAAGACACACCAAGCUACGUUCUGUGAACGUUUGCUUGAGUAAAGAUACAGGUGUGCAACUGAAAAUACUUGAGUUGCGUUUCAAUGAAAUUUUCGAUUCAUUUAGAGGUCUAGUUAAGUAGCCUGGUUUGUUUUAGUUAAAGAUUAGGUAGGUACAAUGAUUUAUUUUCAUUUAAGUGAGUUUUGAUCUAAUCAAAAGUAGGUAGACUAUAGGAUGCGAGUAAUUUGUUUCUUUUACCUAUUUUUAUGUGCAAUUACAGAUACCUAGAACAAAUUAUUUUAUUAAUUUAAUUGUUCAAUUUAGAAUUUUACACAUCUACAGGGAACAUGUAUAUCAAACAUAUAUCUAAUGUUACUUUAAUAAGAGCUAAAAUAAAUGGGGUUAAAACUCCCACUGGCUCGCGGCUUAUUUUUUUCAAAACACAAUGGCCCACAGCGCUUCAUUUUUUUUUAAAUACACUUUUCUUUGUCCAUACUGAAUUAUCACGUUGUAAUACUAAUUAUUUACUUGGUGUACCUAUUUAUUGUAGUUAUUUCGGUGGUAAAAUAUGAUAGUUGAACUUGUAGGCAUAAUGUUUAUGUUAUAAGGUCUUAUUUAUACUUCUUUUACGAUCAAAACUGCCGUUCGCUAGAAAUUUAUUUUAAGUAACUGUUAAGUUUAAGUACACUUUAAAUAUCUUCAAAAUAUAUAUAAAAAACAA